AUGGCUCAGUAUAUUGGAAAGACAAUCUCAUUGAUCUCAGUGACCGAUAAUCGGUAUGUGGGCCUUUUAGAGGGCAUUGACUCUGAGAAAGGUGUCGUGACUCUGAACAAGGUGCGGUGUUUUGGUACUGAGGGACGCAAGCAAUGGGGACCCGAAGAAAUUUAUCCUAAUCCAACAGUGUAUGAGACAGUAACAUUUAAUGGUAACGAUGUGAAGGAUCUGAGUAUUCUAGAUGUCAAGUUAGAGGACGUACAGCCUGUGUUGCCUCCGCAGGUUGUGAUGCCUCCACCUCAAGCGAAGCAGCAAGUUCCUGCUGCUAUGACCGGUUAUGGUGUGUAUGCUCCAACUCCAGCUACAGCUCAAAAUUCAGAGCAGUCCGGAAAUACCCCUAGAUCUGAUAGCAGACCAAAACAGAGUCAAGAAGCAAAGAGAGAGCCUAAAGAGGAGUUCAGAUCUGAAGCGAAAACUCCAAACGAGAGACAGCCUACGGAUCUUGGAAGAAGUGCAAAAGUUCAAGAGGUGCCUGAGAAGAAACAAAUGUCCAAACCAGAGCCGCGUCAUGGGUCGCGUAAAGUAGAGAUUCCCAAUGAGGAUUUUGAUUUCCAAUCAAAUAAUGCUAAAUUCGAAAAGCCAGAAGAGGCUCAGGAUCAUGACAUUCAAAGUGGAGAUAAGGAUGAUGGCGAAGGCACCUUUUACAAUAAAAAGUCUUCCUUUUUCGAUACCAUAUCGACUUCUACGGAAACUAAUACUAAUAUGAGAUGGCAAGAAGAACGUCAAUUGAAUAUGGAUACAUUUGGACAGGCAAGUGUCAUCAACAGGCGUGGUCGCGGUGGCUUCAGAGGCGGGCGCGGUCAGUAUCGUGGCCGUGGCCGGGGAGGACGUGGUGGUCGUGGCCGUAACUUCAACAACAGGGAUAAUUCCAGCAGCGAAAAAAUAGAAUUCUGA